CGUGGCUCCUCCCGCUCCGCCGGCCAUCCCGCGGGGUGAAGGCCAUGGACGUCAACCAGCCCAAGCAGGAGCAUUUGCUGGCUCUGAAAGGUCCUGUUUUCCACUGAUCUAUGCAUCAUGGGGCAAGGAAAUUCUUGUAAAUAAGAUGUUUCAGUCUAGAUACAAGAAUCAUUAUCAAGAGACUGGUUUCCUAAGAAUCACUGGAUUCCUACUGUUCAAGCAUGGAAGUGGUCUUGCACUAUCGACCACAUCAGAGAGAUUUAAUAAAACUGCAGAAAUUUGCAGAAGCAGCAGUGAAGGAGUUUCCCAUUCGCCAAUUACCAAGAUUUGCACCCUGGUUUCCAAAUGAUUUACACAGACUUCCCCUCAAACCAAAAAAGCAGGCACCUGUUAUUUCUUGUGAGGAAGUGGAAGAAUUGAAACAGCUUUCUACACCUUCAGAAUAUGUUACAGGAUCUACUGAUUAUGACUGCACAAAAAAUCUCCUUGAGUUUCACUCUAGCAUGAAACAUGGUCCGACUUUAAUCCAAGCACAGGUUGUUCACAGACCAGUUAACUUGGACUGUCAAGGAGAACCACCACCUAAUGGAAAACAAAAAUUGAAACGGUCUUGGAGUGUCUCUCUCCCUAGCACUAAACUCAGAGAAAAGAUUCAUCCUUUAUCUCAAGAACUGCAGAAUAAUUUGGAAAGACUAAAACUGCAUGCAUUUUGUAGAGCCAAGUGGACAAUUGAACAGUCUUUUUGUAAAAAUGAGAAUUUGGAGGACAUAUGGAUAAAAUUGAAUAGACUCAUUAAACAGAAUGAAUUGCCAUCAUGCAAUGCUACUAUCCAAAGAUCUGUGGGACAGAUAUGGAUUUUCUGUGAUAUAUUAUACUGUGAAUAUGUUAGAAAUAUUCUUAGGGAAAAGCUAAGCCUUACAGAUAAAAUGAAUUUGCUUGUACAUAAAUAUGGAAUUAUAUUUAGUUUAUAACUUCAAAUAUAUUUCAAUAAUAACAUUACAGUCAGAAAUACUAAAGUUUUUAAGCACUUCAGAAUAUAUAGAUCUUAAAACAACUGAUAAAUUAAGAGUAAGAAAACUACUCAUGUUACUUUGCCAUAGGCUUUGGUUUUCUAACUACAAUGAUAUAUUUAUUUAACUUUGUUUUGUCUCAAGACUUAUAGUUCUGUUAAGAUUAGUAAAUUUCCACUUGGCUUAGUACUGUGUUUUAUAGCCUUUCUCUACCUUGGUGGUCUAAAGCGAAAAAUGGAAAUAAAAAUUCCAGACUAUUGUGGCAAGCUAUGUCAGAUAAUAAAAUUAAUGCUGUCAAUUAAGCAAAGUACAUCCUCUCUGCUUCAUUUAGAAUUAGGAGAAGGAAAGAUGUUUUUAAGUGUGUUGUAAUAAUUGCUAUAACAGCUGUAACUGACAUUAAGAUUUUCAAGAUCUGAUUAUUUCCUGAAAGUAGUAUGUGAGUUUUUUUAAUGAUGGCAUAUCCCUCCCAUGAAGUACAAAAUCAAUUUAUGUGGGAUAUGUAGUAAUGUUAGCUAUAUUUUCACAGAAGUAUUAAUGAUAGCUUCAGUGGAAGCUGUGGGCUAAAAAAUAAUAAACAACUUAAUAAUUGCUGUUUUAUGCCUUUGAUAAUUUAUUUUCCUGAUGUUUCUGUUCUUUUGUCUCUAAUUAUAUUUGGGAACAAGAAAACACCAGCUUCCAGGUGAAAGAGAGGAAAUUAGGAAAUGAGACAUCUAUUUGAACCCUCUUGUUGUCUUUGAGAAUUUGAAUGCCUUUUAUGGUCAUAAAAGGCAGAGUUCAGGAUGACUUUUUGUCUUCUAAAAGAUUGAAGUGUUCCAAGGUCAUGCUGUCCCUGCUGAGUUGAAACUUUGGAGGGUCAGUAGAGAAGUUUAAAUAGGAUCAAUAUGACUGCAAGAUUUUGCAUUUGCACUCCUACGAAUUCUAGAUAGUUUUGAUGUAGCUGGAGGUCAAGGCCUGUAGCAUCUGGAAAAGGGGGAAAACAGUAUUUGUAGAUUAUUAGAUUGUCAUUAAUGCUGCUCGCACCAAAAUGUACCUAAGCAUAACAGAGAUCCCUCUGUAAAAAAAACAAAAGUGAAUUCCCCUCAGAUUUAACAGUCUUGUAACAUCCUUGUGUUGCAUAAUUAUAUUUUAUUAUAGGCAUUACAAUUUUUUUUAGAUAAAAAUUUCUCCAUUUGAGUGAUUGACAUGUAUUUUUAAACUUUGACUGAAUUUUAAGACAUUUGUAGAUGUCUUACAUUUAUGAUUGGGGUGUUUGUCACAUUUAAUAUGACAACUUAGCAAAACUGAUGCAAAAUGCUGUCUAGACUGCAUUAUAACUGCAGUAUAACUAAGGGUUGUUAAUAGUUUUAAAGUCUGUCUAGCCAAAUUUUUUGCUGACAUUAUAUUUCUGAGCUCAACAUUAAUAGUAACAAAAUUUGCAAAAUUGCAUCAGCAUUUUUGAAGAUAAAAUGAAGUAAAAUGCAGUGUGAUUUGAGUUCUAUUUAAUGUUUUUUGUAUCUAGGAUCUUAGAAGAGAUGAUACAUUUUCUAACAGUAAUUUAGUACUUCUAAUAAAUGUGAUAAUACCUAUCAUAGGUUGUUUUGACUUCAUUCUGUGAUGUAUUUGUUUAUUUUCUGAAACAUGACUUAACUUUUUUUUAGAAAUAGCAAAUGGUAGUUAUACAGGCAUAGUGUGAAUUUGAAUAAAUUUGGAUAAUGCCAAUAAUACAGUCCCACUAGAUUAAUUUGAUAUACUGACAAAAGAGCUAAACAUUUUACUAAACAGAAGGAGAGAUUGUUGUCACUGUAGCUGCCAGUUUUGUGCUGCUUUGAGUUGGCUUGUAUGUGAGUAAUGGUAGAUACACUGCUAGCUGUGAGCACCUCAGCUGGUAACUGAGGUCUUGUAAGAGUAAACACCAUGCUUCUCUGCAGAAUUACUACAGUCAUGGUUAGCGCUGGUAUACAAGCUGAAAUCCAGGCUUUCAUUUUGUUCUCUUUGAGGAAUGCUUAAUUCAUAAGCAUGUGUAAUUCAGUAUAUUUUCUUUUUAAUUUCCAAUGUUGAAUGUGGUUCACUGUUUACUCUAUUUUAUAUAUCUUGGGUUUUGUUUAAUAUACCUCACGGUUCUAACUCUUCAAAGGUCACCAUAACAAAGAGAAUAUGUUCUCUUUUUUUUUCAUGUGAAAAGUGAGAAUUGUUUUUGUCAAUGGUCAUUUGCAUGGGUCUGCUGUAUGGUAGCAUAAGUUCUUGUGAACCAAUAUUGCCCACUGUACCCAAAUGUCUGUCAAAGCAAUUGAAUACUUUACACCACUGGGAACAGUGAACGCUGUCUGGACACAGUAGCUGUACAAAAGUACAAUAAAAAUAAACCUACCAUACCUGUGUCAGUGCAAACGUAU